AUGGCGCUGCUGUGGCUCUGCGUUCUGCUGCUGCUCGCUCCCUCGACGGCGCGCACGCAGGCCGAGAAGGAGGAGGAGCAGAAGGCCAUCAAGAUGAAGACGACUCGACAGCUCAAGGAGAUCUUCGACGACGUUGGCGUUAGCUACAAGGGCCUGUCCAAGGACGCGCUCAAGGCCAAGGCGUACAAGGAGGGCGUGAUGCGCAAGUACUGGGAAAAGUACCCGGAUAAGAAGUACAAGAAGCCGAAGGGCUCUGGCAUGCCUGGCUUGGAGGGCCUCGGCGGCGACUUUGGUCCCGGCGGCAAGUACGAGGACAUGAUGCGGCAGAUGCGCGGCGACUUUAGCGCGGAGAAGGACCCCGAGAGGCGAAGGAUCCUCGAGAAGCUCGCGGCCAAGGGGAUGAGCUUCGCCGGCGGAGCGAGCCAUGAGAUGGAGGAGGUGGAGGAUGAGGACAAGGUGGAGCUUUAG